CAACUUAUAUGUGUGAAAGCCUUUCAAUUUCUAUGUAUCCCACGUGCUCAAAUCCUUUUUGGAUUGAUUGUGAAAACACCCUAUGAUUGCUAGGUAAACUAUCUGCCAAUAUUUGCCCCAUAUGAAGCCAGCAUUUCCCAUACGCAAUCCAUUAUCGAGAUUGUUUGCUGAUUGUUAUGCUCAAUCAUUUUUCCAGGUUUUAAAAACGCAGCAUAGACGAUGCUUACAUUGUUUCCAUAGCUCUGACAUUUUUUUACUUCAACACAACAGCAAAUGUGUUACUUAGAUUAUUUUCAUGAGGGAACUACAUAACACUGCAUGCAGUGCGGAGACAAGGAAUCAACAACUACAAAAAGAAUCUCUACUGACCUCGGCGAUGAGGAAAAGAAAAUACAAUUCACUCUAUUCAUAGAAGAUCUUAAAAAAAAUAGCACGAUCAAUGGAGCUGAACACACCGUUGGAAUUAAUGGACAUCGACGAUCUUAACAAAGGGCUGAGAUCACUGGUCAUCACAGCUGCUGUGCAGUUACAGCGAUCCCCAUACCAAAGAGGAGAUAAAAUGUUUUCGUUAUUAUGCUUAGAUCAGCUAUCUUACAAGCACACAAAGAGAAAAGAAAUACCUGCAACCCAAGAUGAGUAACAUAUGCAGGAGAAAAUAAUAAGUACACUUUCAAAGCACCUGCCUCCAAUAAUGAAACUACAUACUAGCCGUAGUGAAAAUAACUUCUAACCACUUUGCAGGUCAUUUUCAGAUUUUGUUAGGUUAGUUUUUGCCUUAACUUAAAAACCAUUAGGUCUUAAGUGCAUGUGAGAUAUAUGUAAUGCUAUGCUACUGUAACUGUUAUGUCUAAUACGGUGUAUCACUGUAAUCCUCACCCUUUCUGUAAACUUAAGGACAUGUAAAAUAUAUAUAUGUAAUGCUAUGCUGCUGUUACUGUUAUGUCUAAUACAAUUUAUAACUAUAA